GGGGCCGCCGGUUACUCUUCUGAGAGCCCUUCAGAAAAGCACAGGGCAGUGGGCAGAGAAGCCAGGGGGCGGGGGUGCAGGCAGGCCCAGCUUGUGUACCAGCCCGGGGACACCCACGGAAGCACCCAUGAAUAAGAUAUGGUGCAACCCGGGCGCGCACGUGUGUGCAGCCCGCUGGCACGUCUCUAUGCCCGGUAGGCACCUGUCGUGUGAGUAGCUCCGGGUGUGGCUGUUCCUGGAUGCUGUGGGUUUCAGUAAGGUUUGUAUCUUCGGGCCUGCCUCCCCGGUCUCCAGAGAGGAACUAAGAAGUUUAACUGAGCAGAGACUGAGGAGAUUAAAGGAGUGGAUCUCAGAGGCAAGGCGGAGAGGGUGGGGACUGCGGGCGCAGCGGGCACAGCGGGCGGGGAAGCACCCAUUUGACCCAUCUCGGAGCUAGAAAAGAAUCCUGAAAAGACUGGCAUGACCCAUGUGCUCUGAAAUGUUUAGAGAGCCCCGAGCGGUGAUGACCACAGAGUGAGUGGCACUAGGCUGAGCCUGUCUAAUUCGUGGACAACAGGGAUGCUUGCAUUUAGAAAGGCCAGGAGGAAACUCAGGAUGGGCACCAUCUGCUCUCCCAAUCCCAGCGGGACAAAGACAGCCUCGGAGGUCUGCAAUGCUGACUGGAUGGCCUCGCUCCCCCCUCACCUCCACAACGUCCCCCUUUCCAAUCUGGCAAUCCCAGGCUCCCAUGAUUCAUUCAGCUACUGGGUAGACGAAAAGUCCCCAGUGGGGCCUGACCAAACCCAAGCUGUCAAACGCCUUGCCCGGAUCUCCUUGGUAAAGAAAUUAAUGAAGAAAUGGUCUGUAACUCAGAACCUGACCUUCCGGGAGCAGCUAGAGGCUGGGAUCCGCUACUUUGACCUACGUGUGUCUUCUAAGCCCGGAGACACUGACCAGGAGAUCUACUUCAUCCAUGGGCUCUUUGGCAUCAAGGUUUGGGAUGGGUUGAUGGAGAUUGAUGCAUUCCUCACUCAGCAUCCUCAAGAGAUCAUCUUCCUGGAUUUCAACCACUUCUACGCCAUGGAUGAGGCCCACCACAAAUGCCUGGUUCUGCGGAUCCAGGAGGCCUUUGGGAACAAGCUGUGCCCAGCCUGCAGUGUGGAAAGCAUGACACUGCGGACCCUGUGGGAGAAGAAGUACCAGGUUCUCAUUUUCUACCACUGUCCCUUCUACAAGCAAUACCCAUUCCUGUGGCCAGGGAAGAAGAUCCCGGCACCCUGGGCAAACACCACGAGUGUGCAAAAGCUGAUUCUCUUCUUGGAGACCACCUUGAGUGAGCGAGCCCCACGUGGGGCCUUCCAUGUCUCCCAGGCCAUCCUCACCCCAAGAGUGAAGACUAUUGCCCGAGGCCUGGUGGGGGGCCUCAAGAACACACUAGUUCACAGGAAUCUCCCUGCCAUCCUUGACUGGGUGAAGACUCAAAAGCCUGGAGCCAUGGGUGUCAACAUCAUCACAUCUGACUUUGUGGACCUGAUAGACUUUGCCACGACUGUGAUUGAGUUGAACGACCUUCUAGAGGAUCGAGCUCUGACUAAGUGUUGAAUCUGUGCUUUGUGUAAUUUGAUGUUGAGGUUCUUGAUCCAAGGUAGGAUUCUAGAGGGUUCUAGUAAAGAUGGCUCCCUCCUAGGCAGUCACGGGGAAGUGAGGAAGAAAAAGAGGCCCUCUCCUUUUCCUCACAUAGCUAUUUGGAUUAGAAAAAAAAAAUCUAAGGGUUUGCAUUUCCCCGAAAUGAGACUUUUACACACUUAAGUCUAAGAGAAGAAUGCACAUUUCCUAUGGUUAACAUCGGGAUCUCCCUAGUGGCUUGGGGUGGCAAAAGGAGGAUGGAAGCAGCCUUUUCAGGUCUCACGGGCUAUGCAGCGUCUUAAUUGGCCCAGCCUCCGGUUGUCUUCUGGGGCCACUUGAGCCUCUGUGAAGACUAAAUCAGAAAGGCAUUCCUGGUCAGAAGAAUGGUACAUGCAAGUGUGGGCCACCCUGAGAGGUCUCUGUUAUCAACCUAGAGCUCUAAGGAGCUCCUAGGGAGCCAAUAAACUGUACGGCAUCACUGCUUUUCCACAGGAGGAAAAAUGUUUCUUAUCACAGUGCUCAGCCACAGGCCAGCUCUGCGUAUCUUGCUUGGGCUGAAAGUGGGCACCUUUGUUCUUCAUAUAACUAGUGCACACUACCCUUGGCAUCAGAAAUGUAUUUCCUCAUUUUAAUGUGUUUUGGGCCCUAUCUUUAAAGUGAAAGGAACAGUAGCGGGAAGUCUUUUGUGUGAGGGCCCGACAUGAACUACCCAUGCAUGUUUGUUGCCUGCAUGCCAGAAGUCUUUAAUUCUGUAGCCUUCUCCCCAAACGACUAUCAGGCAAGUACCUGCAUCGUUUCGGCAAAGUCCUCUUUGGAGCAAGGUGUUCAAGCCAGAUAGCAGAAUCAUGUCUUAUGGUUGUCUGGGACCGGGACUGCCAGAGGACAUAAGGCUUGCCCAUGACACUGUGGAGGCUGACACAGAAUAUGUGGGAAUGUGCAACGGAAUUAAAGGACAAAGUUCCAAGUGGGCUCGGAGCCAGUCUGUAACUCCUUGCAAACAAGACUACCUCGGGGACAUUUAGCGGGACUCGUAUGUCGUCAAGUAAGGGGAAAAAAAGCAAUGUUGGACCAUUUCCGCUUGUUUUUUCCACUUGGUCUGCUUUCUGUGGAUUGUUCGCCAACUACCUUUGCAUGAGGGCUUGAAAACACAAGGGGAAUUUUUUUUAAUUGAUAAGAGGUGCUUUUUAUUGAUAAGAGCCCUCUUUUGUUUUUUCAUUUGCUUCGUUUGUGUAUUUAUUGAUUUAUUUAUUCAUGGAGUAAGGAUCUGUGGUGUUCCUUGCCUGGAGAAUGCUUUCAGAUGUUUACUGGACUGUUCCUACCCAGGAUGCUGCUGUGGUCGUCCACCCAUGCGCUGCAUGGUGCAUCUCAGGGGCUGUGACCUCGUGACUUUGCUGUAGAUCCCCUAUCCCACCCCGAUCUUGCUGAGGACAGUGUGUAAGUGUGGAUGAGAUCCAGCUCUAGGAAGCUACUGCCAAAGGCAUGCACAGGAACAGAAGUGACAGGGUCAUGAAAAACCACACAGGCACUUCUGUUAGAGCACUGGCAAGACGAGAACUAGGAAUAAUAGCUGAGCGCAUCUGUGAGUGCGCUUUGCUAACCUUCAGCCCUAUUUGAGAAUCCCUAAGGAGGUGUCGGUUUCCACAUUCCUAAGGAGGAAUAUAAACAGGCUGCCCUGGGCGGGGAUGUACAUUUACAGAGAUUGCUGGACCUUCUCGUACGUUUCCCAUCUCUCCCUUUGAUUGCCUAGUCAGUUGUGCAUGCUGACUGCUGUGGGGCUAUCUUGGGUGAGCUAUUGAAAACAUGCCUGCCCCUAAUUGCUGAUCACCUGACCUUUUUUUCCCCCUAAAGUAACUUAGGCCUUGACUUUUCACUUCUAUAGUUCAUACAGGCCACAGCACAAACGCCUCUGAGAAAACCCGAUUUAACUUCUGUUCUUGAAUUUGAAUCUGGCCCAGAGGUGGCUUCUGGAAUGAUCUUGUCAAAUUUGGCAAAGCCUUCUCUGCACAGGGCUUCCUCAUUGUAGAGGAGUGCAUAUUCCCAUCAUCAUAAUUUCCCUUCAGUUAUGAUGCUGAGCUCUACAGAGGAGGUCCCAAAACCUUAGCCUACCCCCAGGUUUUAAUUUUUGUUUUUAUUGUUGCAUUAUUUGGGGGGGGGGCGGUUUUAACUAUCAAUUGGUUACAACGGACUAGAUCCCUCCCUUCUGUUAACCCUUUGUUACUUGGCAAAGAGAUAAGGAGGCAAGAGGAGAGUCAUUCUGCUCUGUUUUAUUUGGGCCUCAGCUUUGUCCAGGUGCUCGGUGCUAUGGAGCCUGGGUGUCCGCAGGUAUCUGCACCAGUUGGAUAUCAGUUUCACUUUAAGGCUGCAGACUGUUCAGUGAGCUGUUUACUUCCUUUUCUCCCUUGUUCUCAAAUACAAAGUUGUAGUUCACUUCUGACCUUUAAGUGCACCUCAACGUUUGCAUGCUGCACCAUCAAACAGAACACAGAAGCACAGAACACUUCCAAGGCCACGUGUAUGAACCCCUUCUCCUGUAGGGAGUGUACAAGUGCUUGUACCAGUUUGUCCUUGCUGUUCUGGGGUCCCAGACUUGCUGAUAUUCUGAAAGUCUGAGAGGUAGGGGGAGGGUUAUUCACAAUUCUUCCCAGGAAUUACCCACAUCUCUGCCCCAAGAAAAGGCUUCCAACAUUGGAAAGGCUGCAUGUAUUCUGUUCCUUGAAGACCAGGCAGAAACUCAAGUGAGUUGGACAGAGAAAAAAAGUAGAACAUGGGCCUGUCACUCAUUCUGUCGUACUUAAAAGUAAGCGUUCCUACCCAAAUAUAUCACACAUUCUCUAAACUUAGUUGGGGCCAUUUCUGUUUGGAAAUUUAAUGGGUUCUUCAUGAAUUCUCUGCACCAUUCCAACAUAGCCAUAUUUCCUUGAUGGCCCAGACCUGGAUGCCCUAGGUCUCUGUGGGUUAGAACACUGUCUCAGGGUUGAACAUUGAGUUUAUCAGAAGUUCCAGGUAUGCUAUGGAUGGAGACAGUUUUCUUAGGAGUGAACAGAGAGCAGAGAGUGGAUGUGAUGGAAGAGAUUGGUGAGUGUUUGAGGAUUUGGUCUGAGAUCAUGGCAGAUCUUAGAGGUCAUGCAAAAAAUAUGCAUAUAUUUGCUGCAUAAGAUUUGAUAGUCGUUAUUUUCUCUAGUGCUGGGUCCAGACCCUGAAUUUUUUAGAACUGUUAACCUAGAGUUUAGAGUUCAAAUCCAAUAUUUUAUAUACACGCAAAGGAAAAGCAUACAAUCUAUGCAGAGAUACUGACAGACCUUAAGAACCCCAGAUUUUUCAUAGCCUCAUGUUCACAUCUGGAAAUGUAUGCUUCUGUCCAGGAAGGCAAUGGAACGAAGGUUUCUGAGAUUAAAUGAAGCUUUCUGAUGUGUCUGGAUAUUUGCGUGUUUUCUUCAGUGGUUAGAGUUAGGGUUAGAGUCAGGGGUCAGGUGUCUUGGGUCAAGGGUUAGGGUUAGUUCUCACCAGUAGGAAGCAUUUCCAAAGAGACAUGAUACAGCUCAGUCACAAGCACAAAGUGAAAGGUGGAGACCAACAAGAAAUCCAGGCUGAAAGGAAACUACCAUUUUCUCUGAGAAGCAAAAGGACUACAAGCUGACAUCAUUACAGAGGUUUUAUGAUGAUGCCCUCAACUGUCUGUUACGUUCUAGGAAACAGAACAGGCUAAUGAAUGGGUCACGAGAUCUCCUCCCUUAGCUGAGCAAUUGGUCCUGUGCUAAACUGUCACUGGUUCUUCCAUCUCUAAUAGUGACACAAAUCUCAGAUGUUUGGUUCAUAAAAUAUGUGAGGUUCUAGAGCUCGGCCUAAAUGCCUUGUACUCCGGGGAGGCACCCUUAGCAUCAUACUUCCUUCUGUGCACAUGCGCAGAGAACAUGGUUAGAGUCAUGCAAGAGCGUGAAACAGGCUGAAAGAGUUUGACUAUGGGUUAUACCUUCCCGGGUCUAUAUAAUGUGUGGGGCUCAUUGAAGUCUGCCAAAAUGUGUGUGGGCCCCUGGGUGGGCUUUCUCUAGAGUGAACAGUAGACAUUGAAAGAAUCAAACAUACAAGCCAACAGGACACUCAUUUGGUGCAGCAUAGAAAAGCAUAGGUGUCCCUCUAGAUUUCCUUAACUGUCCACCACAUCUUAACCCUCUUCUGCAGCUGCUUCCUCAUAGGUGACACCAUGGUUUCAUUACUCAGUAGUGUCACCUUGGGACACAGGGAGAUGAUUGAAUAACAAGUGGUGUCAAUACAAACUUCCCCCUCAAUGGGGCUGGGGAUUUAGCUCAGUGGUAGAGCGCUUACCUAGGAAGCGCAAGGCCCUGAGUUCGGUCCCCAGCUCUGGAAAAAAAAAAAAAGAACCAAAAAAAAAAAAAAAAAAAAACUUCCCCCUCAAUUCCAGAUGGUUCUAAUCAGCUUGUUACUGCCCCAAGAGAGCUCCUACGACCACAACGUUUGGAUUGCCCAGCUUCCUGCUACACACACUGACACUAGCGGCCAUAUGUCUGAGCUAGCCUAACUCUGAAGCAACCCUACAAUGGCACAAUGUCUUAGACAGUGUAAAAAAUAUCCUAAGAUAAGGAUCUCCUGCUUUAGAUACCGUGCUUUAGCAUCAAAUCCAGCAAACUUGUCCUUAAAACUCAUAAAAAUCCACUUUAAAGAAAAGUGGUUUGAAUAAGACAAUUCCUUCUUCUCUUCUGGGGGGGAAUUCAGAAGCACAUCUGUUGAGGCAACUGCAUCGACAAUCUCCAGGCAUUUUUCUGUCACCCUUGCCCAUUCCCUACAUAGAAUGCUACUUCCCCCUCUUAUAUCUAGCAUCUCCAUCAUCCGCCCAUGACUGCGUCACAAGAUGCUGACGGAGAGCACACUCUGGCCAUCAUGGUGGUUUUUCUUUAGCCUUCUCAAAUGCAUUGUCCUGCUUCCUGCUCCCGCCCAAUCAUUAGAACUAUGCUUAAUUAGAGCCCUGAAAUCGGGACCAAUAUUUAAUUCACAUAGCACAGGCUUGCCCACCAAGAAGCAUAGCACUUUGAAAAGUCAUAGAGGCCUUUGGCAGCUCUGUAUAGUUGCAAUGGUCACACCCGUAAUCGGUUGAUAGCACCAAUAAUAUGUCAAUAAGAGAUCUAUAGAAUCAAGAUGAUAACUUUUAGAUCAUGUCCUAGAAAUAAUAACACCUUGCUGCUAUUAUUACCCCAGUAUGAAUAAGUAUUAAAUGCAGUAUUUGUAUUAUGUACAUACCCACUGUAAUACUUAGCCUCCCUGAUCCGUAACUUAAAAUUAUAAAAGUUGUUACAGUAAAAACAAGUCUUGGAUAAUUUGUGUAUCUGAUACAUGCUGUAAUGGAGAUUAUAUUUUGUCUUCUAUCCAUUGAUUUACACUGCAAUGCAUGUGGUUUGCUAAACUUAAGAAAUAAUAAUCAAUUUUACCAAUUUUAAGGUUAAGGAUAAAAUUGUGCAUAUAUGCUUCUUGACACUCUGCGAUGUAUCUGUGGCCUGAUUGUCAAUGUCAUAUAGACUUUACUUGCAUUCUUUCCCUCUAGCAAGUAAUUAUUGAAUUGCAUCUCUUCUCUCUUGAAAUCCGGAUUAAAUCACUUGGUUAAUCCUAAACUAUUGUGAAGCCACAGUACCUCAUUUUAACUGUGAAAAAAAAGUGUUAAUAAGUCUUACCCUAUGAUGUGUUUCCUUGUAUUUGAUUUGAGCCAGUUAACAAGGUUUAAACCUAGUAAUAAAUAUGAAUCUUUAAUA